ACAUUUUCAGUUCAGAGGGUGGCGGGGGUCUGGAACGUUCUAUGUAGGAGGGUAAUUGAGGUGGGAAACCUCACAACCUUUAGAAUAAGCGUCUGAAUGAACACUUUUAAGUGUCAUAACAUUCAAGGCUACGAGCCUAGUGUGGGAAGAUGGAGUUGGUGUGGUAUUUAUUGGCGGUAAAAGCUCGAAUGGCCUCUUCUGUGGUGUACGAUUCUAACAAUUGACCCGUGUGUAUGCGUGAGUGACAGAGAGAGAAAAAAAACCCUGCAUAUCUGACACUUCGUAUAUUGAAUUGAACAAGGGCACGGCUUCACUUGGUUUCACUUUCAGUCUCCGUGUUGACAGAGGCGGUUCCGGACCCGGUGAGGAGAGGGAGGGUGUGUGGGGAAAUUCCCGGCUGAAAGGUUUACCGAGUGGCUGGACAAGGUCGGUUAUCUCCAGCCUUUUGCCGUUUUCCCGAAGAGAACUCCAGCUCCUGAGCACCGUGUGUUAGAGAGAGAGAGAGAGAGAGCGCCGGCCGCUGUGCUCCAGCAGAAACAGGUUCUCUGGGCUAACUCCGCUGAAUGAAGAUGACACUUACUGUUCCGCUGAUCUCCAUUCCACUGCUGGAUGUUAUUGCCACAUGGACACUGAGCCUGGCCAUGUACCACUGGGGCCUGGCUGAGCCAGUGCUCGCUCUCUGGCUGCUCUCACUGCUGCGUGUGGGCCUGCUGGCUGCCGCAUUGCAGGCCUGCUCACUUUCCCGGUCCAAGCUGCCGGCCUGGCUGCAGCCCACGGAUCUAUCCUGGAUGCUGGUCAUGUCCGGCCUGCUCACACCGGCCUACGUCAGCCUGGUGAUGGCCGCUGGCCUCUCCUCCACAGAGAUGCUUUAUGGGCUGCACAACUGGAGUGCCCUGGCCCUCAACUACGCCAGCACGGGCCUGGUCUUCUUGCUGCGCUGGCACUUCUCGCCUCCAGGCUCCAAAGGGCAGUCCGCAGGCGAGGCAGGAACCAAGGCCACCGUGUCCCGACUGCUGGCCUGUAUGAAGCCCGAUAUCGGCCGCUUCCUCGUGGUGGCGCUGUUCCUGGUCCUGUCUUCACUGGGGGAGAUGGCGAUACCCUAUUACACUGGCCGGAUGACUGACUGGGUGAUGAAUGAAGACGACCCUUCAGCGUUCUCCAACUCCAUCAUUGCAAUGUCCUUGAUCACCAGCGCAAGUGCUCUGACAGAGUUUUUCUGCGACUGUGCCUACAAUGUUACAAUGACAGGCAUCCACACACGUAUUCAGAGCUCCGUGUUUCGAUCAGUGGUGCGGCAGGAAAUUGCUUUCUUUGACACUGUGCACACAGGUGACAUCACAUCCCGGAUCACCACAGAUACAAACACGAUGAGUGAGUCGCUGACAGAGAAGUUGAGCCUAUUGAUGUGGUAUCUGAUGCGGGCUGUCUUUCUCCUGGUCUUUAUGGUCAAGCUGUCCUUUAAACUGACCUUGUUCAGCAUCAUCGGCAUGUUCAUCGUCGGUAUUGUCCCUAAGUACACUGGCAGAUACUACCAGAAACUGGCGGGAGAAAUUAAAAUUGAUCUGUAA